UAACAAUGUUCCUUGAACAAUCCAUAGUUCACUCUCAAACCUUCUUUUUAUCACCUUAAUACUUUCGACCACUCUCUCUUGCCAUUUGACUCUCUCCAUAUCAUCCCUAGAUUGAAGGAUAGCCUGGUGGUCAUCUUACUCUGUGCUGAUUCGUCGCGCUCCUCACCAAUCCCGCGUGUCGCCUGCAUGCUUACAGCAUCCGCAUAGUUUCUAUCAGGCGUCCAUCUCGACUUCAACCUCUUUCGCACGCCCAAACUCAGAAAAGUGCGCAUCCAAUAACCAUGCGUUUUUCCUCAACUCUGGUAUUUGCGUUGUCUGCGCUCGCUGUUGCUGAGGAGCAAGCUCCGCUUGCAGACAAGGUCAAGGGAUGGUUUAACAAGGCUCAGUCUUACGUGUCCUCUGCUGUUCCCGCGCCGUCCCACCUAAUUGACGCCGGCGCUGCGAAGGUUGCCUCUGCUGUGGUCUCACCUAUCAACCGGGAGAACUGGAAGACCGUAAUUCGUCCUACAUCAGCGCUGAGCGAAGGUCCUGAAGAAUGGGUAGUGUACGUCACUGGCGGUAACACGACCUGCUUCGGACGAUGCGCCAAUGCGACGAAAGCAUGGAACGAAUCUGUCGCACUCAUGUCUCCCAACCCGAAGCGUCCCAACUUUGCAAUUCUCGAUUGUGAAGAAGAUCCAAUACUCUGCAAUGCCUGGGCUGUUGGUCCUCCGGCUCUUUACUACAUCCUUCUCCCGAAGCCUCUGCCUGAUCAAUCCAAACCCUCAACCACUGUAUAUUAUAUUCCCAUGAACCGCACCUCCAUCACCGCUCGCGAGAUCACCAAGCUCGUUGCCGAGAAGGGCUACCAGGAUUUCAAGCCGUAUGAGGGACCAUAUCAUCCGUUCGACGGUCUUUUAGCGCAAUUCGGUCUUGAUAUUCCACUUGCCUACGUUAGCUGGGGUUUCUCUAAACUGCCAUCAUGGGCACCAAUGAUUAUAAUCUCAUUCUUGAGCCGUUCUUUCAUGGGACGAAGGAUGAAUCCAAAUCGUGGUGCUGGAACAGCUGGUGCUGCCCCCGCAGGAGCUGCUCCCGCUAGGUGAUACCACUCAUCCACGGUGCUGCGCCAUCUCACUCUAUAACCGAGGAAUGAAGUCGACGACCUAAACCCCCAUCUAUCAUCUAAGGCUGUACCAACUGGAUACGAUUAAGACGGUAUUGUAUCAGUGGACAAUUCUAGACAUACCACAGCGGAGAAGGAAAAUUGUGCUAUAAUAUAUGUAGAUGAUCAACGCAUACAGUUCAAUUAAUAUAUAAUUGUUGAUUGGCCUGCCCAACCACUG